GCAAGCCCGAAAAGCUGCGGAUGGGCGUUUGCGGGGGAGGGAGACAGGCGCUGCAGCUCCAGCAUGAGCCGGCUCCUCCGGCCCGGACCGCUGGGGGGAGAUGAUCGCCGCCUUGCUGCGGAUGGCCAGCGGCUCCUGACUGCCCGUGGGGAGGAUGGAGACUCCAGACCCGUCGCGGUGCCUGAUUCACCGGGGACGGGGUUGCUGAGGCUUUGCUAGGGGCCGGCUGCCCGCCCAUGGGCCACGACUUAAAGCCUUUCUCUCUGCUUGUGCGGAGCAGGGGAACCGCUGAGGACCCCGAGGUACCAUGGAGACGGGGCAGCCCUCUCUGUCCUGGGGGAUUUCGCCUCUUUAAACGAGGGGCCCGGCUCUGGUGAGAUCAGCGGGAUCCAGCGCUGCGCCUUCGGUGCCAGGAUGUAUGGAUUUAUAAACACAUGCCUGAAGUUUUUGGUGGUUGAAAAAUAUGGUGAAGAAACGUGGGAAAAAUUAAGAAUCCAGGCAGGAGUUCAGGACACAUUUCUGACUUUUGAAGUUUACAAAGAUGAGAUCACAAUGCAGCUAAUUGACAAAGCCUGCAAAAUGUUAGAUGUCCCCCCUGAUAUGGUUCUGAAGCAGUUUGGAGAGUUUUUCUUUGAAUUUUGCAAACGGUCAGGCUAUGACCAUAUGCUGAGAACUUUGGGUGGAAAUCUCUACGAGUUCAUCGAGAACUUGGAUGCAUUACAUAGCUACCUGUCUCUUUCUUAUCAGGAGAUGAAUGCACCUUCUUUUAGGGUAGAAAAGAAUGAAGAUGGGUCAAUGCAUUUACAUUACUACUCAGAUAGAAGAGGUCUCUGCCAUAUUGUUCCAGGAAUCAUUGGUGCAGCAGCCCUGGAUUUUUUCAACACUGAAAUUUCAAUGGAAAUAGUCAAUCAAACAGAGGAGGAAGAAAGAACUGGGAAAAAAGAACAUAUAGUUUUCCUUGUCACUCAAAAACCUGUAUUUUCAUACAAAAAGAGAAAUAAAUUCUCUUCCUCACCACAAUACAUUGCUGACUCUGGAAGGCAAAUUGAGAAACAACUGAAUAAAGAGGAUAUUGAAAAAAACCUGAAUAAGAUUAGAGACAGAACAAGCCUUGUUUCUAUUUGUCCUGCCAAGAAAAAUCACUGGGAAACAAUCAGAGGAAUCGUUACACUAGGAAGAGGUAAACUUCUGAGAGGAUUUGAUCCUGCUUAUCCUACAACCCUCUGGAUCGAUACAAAAACAUUUUGCAAUGGACUUCCUUUCCAUAUUGUUUUUGAUGAAGAGCUCAGAGUAAAGCAAUCUGGUGUGAGCAUUCAAAAGAUUGUCCCUGGCCUUCAGACCAUGGGCAUUCGCCUGGAUCAUUACUUCAGUAUCGUGCACCCAGAAGUGACAUUCACCAUCUCUAGCGUUCAGAAGUUUAUCAACAGUCAAUUUGUUUUCCGGACUAGGAGAGAGAUGAUGCCAGAGUCAUGGAAACAACGUCCAAUGCUAGAGCUGAGAGGCCAGAUGAUCUGGAUGGAGUCUCUGCAGUGCAUGCUCUAUCUCUGCUCACCUUUACUGCGCACUUUGCAUGAGUUGGAAGAGAGACAGAUGCACAUUGCAGACAUAGCACCUCAUGACGUUACCAGGGAUUUGAUUCUUCUCAACCAGCAAAGGCUGGCUGAGAUGGAGCUCUCCAACCAGCUGGAGAGGAAGAAAGAAGAACUGCGGAUACUCUCAAAGCACCUGGAGGAAGAGAAGAAAAAGACCGAAGCUCUGCUCUAUGCUAUGCUUCCAAAGCACGUGGCCAACCAGCUAAAAGAGGGGAAACGAGUUGAGGCAGGAGAGUUUAAAGAAUGCACCAUAUUGUUCAGCGAUGUUGUGACCUUUACUAACAUUUGUGCCCAGUGUGAGCCUAUUCAGAUAGUCCUCAUGUUAAAUUCAAUGUAUCUACGAUUUGACAGACUAACCACAGUGCAUGAUGUCUACAAGGUGGAGACAAUAGGCGAUGCCUACAUGGUGGUAGGAGGUGUCCCUGUGCCUGUAUCUACUCAUGCUGAGCGAGUUGCCAACUUUGCCCUGGGAAUAAUCAUAGCAGCCAAAGAAGUGAAGAAUCCGGUUUCUGGAAAUCCUAUCCAAAUUAGAGUUGGAAUCCACACAGGUCCUGUCCUGGCUGGAGUAGUUGGAGAAAAGAUGCCUCGUUAUUGCUUGUUUGGAGACACCGUGAAUAUAGCUUCCCGGAUGGAGAGUCAUGGGAUUCCAAGUAAAAUUCACCUUAGCCCCACUACCUAUUACUGCCUAAAGGACAAAAAUUUUGAGAUGACCGAAAGAGGAGAGAUUGAAGUGAAGGGCAAAGGGAAAAUGUAUACGUAUUUCCUGAUUAGAAACAGGACUGCAACUGAGAAUGAGAUCAUGGGAAACCCAAUAAAGGAAUCAGAUUCUGACCAUGGAUCUGUUCAGUCCUUUCAUGAGUCCAGGAUCAAAAUGAUACAAAGUUCAUGUCAGCAAGCUAUGCAGCUCAGUUCAGACCAGUAUCAGCCUCCAACCAUAGCAAUGAAAUACAUUGAUGGUCUUACAGAAACACAAGCCAGUUACAAAGGAAGAAGUCAAGAAAGAUUUAUGGAUUUAACAGGCAAAACACAUGACUUUGAAAGCUACGGAUGUCUCCAUGGUGACCAGCAGCCAGGCAGUGAUCCUUAUCUACCCAACCAGGAAAGAAUCAAAUCAGCACCUGAAGAACCACAGAACAGAAAUGUCAGAUCCAAUUUUUGCAAUUUAAUUUAAGCUGCUGACUUUUAAAGUUAAACGGGGUAACCAGCUAUCAGUCAUCUCCUUGCUAGGAGGUGUGAGUAUGCAAGGCUCAGCGCUGGGCAGAGUAUGGGGCUCCACUCUGGAAGGGAAUCAGCACUUGAAUGGCUGAAUAAUGUCAUUUGCCCCUUCUCCAGUUUGGAAGCUCACACAACUGCAUCACGCAUGAAGACCUCUCUAGACCAGCAGUCAGUAAGGCAAAUUUGAUUUAUACUAGGUCAUUUUCCACUGAAAACACUGUGAAUGUUUAAGAUGUGAAAUAUUUUAAAUGCUAGUAACUAGUCCAAUUCUAAGCGCUAUUGAAUAAUUUAUUCCAGGGGUUCUCAAACUGUGGGUUGGAACCCCAAAGUGGGUUGCAACCCUGUUUUAAUGGGGUCCCCAGGGCUGGUAUUAGACUUGCAGGGGCCUUGGGGCAGCGGGGCUGGACUCAGGCUUCGGUCCCCCUUUUUGGGGUCAUGUAGUAAUUUUUGUUGUCGGAAGGGCGUCACGAUGCAAUGGAGUUUGAGAACCGCUGAUUUAUUCUGUUAAGUUUUAUUUCAUGCUCUGUGUGUGUGUGUGUCUGUGUAUUUUAAAUGUACAUGGGCAAUGGCUUCAGUAUGUACUCUCUUAUACAAAGUCCUUCUAAUGUCUCCCAUACGGAGAUCCAUCCAAGAUAUCCUAUGGGCACCUGGUUUUUAAAAAUAAAUUAUGGCUGCACAUCAUCAGUUGUUCUUAAAGCAACAAAUACCACUAAAGAUGUUGAAAUAAAGGGGACUAGACACACAACAUAAAUAGUUUGGGUUUUACUUCACUAUUCAUGACUUUUUACAAACACUAUGGGAAGUUAGUGCAGGUUUGCGCUCCUAAAUCAACUAAGUGCUUUUGAAAAUCCCACCCAUAGGGUCUUACAAAAGAAUCAAAACUUCUUGCUAAAAAAGAACCUGGGCUAAAAUUUUCAAAAGCACCUAGAGGAGUUAGGCACCUUAGACAUUUUUUACCCAUAAUUAACAAUGUAAUUUCAAGUAGAACUGGGGAAAACAGUCCCAAACUCUCAAAACCUUCCCAUUUUUCAGUAACUUUUUCAUUGGUUCUGUUCCCCCCACCCCACUUCUUAUGAACAUUGAAGCAAUAAAAUUUUACUUACAAAAAUAUACAAGGAAAUUUAAUUUUUAGGUUGCAGCCAUAUUAUUUAUUACUUCUACUGUGAUCAGAGCCCCAUUGUGCUAGGGAAUGAACAUACACCUAGCAGGAGACAGUCUCGGCUCCAGCGACCUUACAAUCUAAAUAGACAUGUCAGAAAAGGGGUGAGAGAAAAGAAAUCUGAUUGCCACUUUACAGAUAGGAAACCAAGGCACAGAGAGAUUUUCAAAUUGUGUAAGGGAUUUGGAUGCCCAAUUCUCAUUAAACCUGGGAUAUUCAAAGGAGUCUAAGGAUGUUAGAUCACAAGGAUACAAUUUUCAAAAAUAUCUAAGUGACAUAGGAGUCUAAAUCCCAGUUUCAAAAGCAACACAGACAGUGACUUUCAUAAACAAACAUUUUAAUUUAGAUUCCACAUUAAAAGAAAAAAAUAUUUCUAAUUGAUUCAGGGAAAAAAAAUCAGAAAACCAGUGAAACAUUUCAACUGAAACAAACAUUUUAUUUUGUUUUUAAUUUAUUUGUGCAAAAUAGUACCUAUUUUCAAGCAGCCUAACUGAGUUGUUUUAAAAGCCUCACCCUACAUUUUCAAGUAACUU